CAUACCCUGCUUCAUUGAUCAUGUUUCUUCUCUUUGAAGCAAUGGAUGUCCUUUUUGGGUUUAUUGUGCAACUUCCUGUGGUGGAUUGAUAACUGGUAGUCAACUUGUAAAACCAGCUGAACUGAAAUCAGUGCAGUACUGAGUGCAUGGCCCACCUGAGGACUGUUAUCAAGAUAAAAAGGAGAACUGGAGAGGAAGAAGUGUUAUUGUUUGUUCUCCAUAGUGCUGUUGCCAUGGGUUCUCCUGGAGGAGGUUUUGCGCUUCUUUCCUGAUAGGAACUUGGCUAUUCUCAGCAUCAGAGGAGCUCAGGACCUUGUUGUCACUGAGAAUGUCUGUGGUUCACUUUGGCAGAGCUCUAGUAUUUAUCACUUCCUGGCUGCAGAGGGUAACAUGUAUGCUACUCAGUCUCCAGGAGAAGCUUUCUGACAUGAACUCAGCUGUCCUUAUUGUCAGAGGAGUGCAGGACCUCAGUGUCACUGAGGAUGGCUGUGAUACUUUUCGAAGGAGUUCUGGUUCUUACUUUGAGCAUCAUUUCCUGGCUCCAGUGCACAAAUAUCAACCUUUAUGACUCAGGUCCUUCACCCUACUGGUGCAGACUUCCUACUUCCACCGCUGACCUUUGGGCCUUCCUGGCUCAGUGGAGCAGUCUUGCAUGAGUCAUUGUUAGGGGUUUUGGGCUUCCAGCUGGACUAGUGGGGGGCAUUGUCAAGGGCUCUAGGCCUUCAGCUGGACUCAUACAAGACAUUGCUAUAGGAUCCAGACUCUCAGCUGAGUUACUUGAGUCUUGGUGUCUGGACAGAUUUCCUGUACUUUUUGUAUUUAACUCUGGGUAACCAUUAUAAAAUAAUACUCUAAGUAUUGUGUACUGUAUGUAAUUGUUUUCCUUGCAAACCCUUGACUACAAAACUCCUGCUUAGUCUUCAUAUCAGGACCAGAUAAGAAAUUGUGUGGUCUAGUCUUUCAUUGUUUAGUUUUUGUUUUCCAUACAGCAAUCUCCAAGAAAAGGAUGAUAAGAAUAAUGUGCUGCAGGACAAAAUGGAUGAGAACUUGCCUGCUACCCAUUGCCAGGAUUUGUGUGAUUCCCGCCGGCCUGGCAAGAGUCAUGCGUCCCUGACUGAGGAGCUCAUAGCUCCCUCAACCGGAAUGUGGCGAGUGAGUCACCCACUGCAAAGUGAAUAAGGCUCCUUUUGGUCUCCUCAUUGUCUCCAUACCCUUUAUUCUCAGGCUUCCAUGUGGGUAAGGCUUUUUCUCUGCAGGCAGGCUUUAGAUGUGCACCAUGGCUUCUGUCCAGUUCUACAGUAGGGUUGGCAGCACAGAAAUUCAGUUCAUCAAGCACCUGAUACUCUUUUUCAUCUGGAAUGCUGUGCUGUAUAGACCACCUCCAAGAACAUGGAACCUUUUCAUUGCUUACAUCAAGGAUUCACAGGAGGCAAGGACUCAGAAGCUGCACUCUGACAUUCACCUCCUGCAUCAGUGGCAAAGGAUCCUGUGCCUGAAGGAGCACCUAGGGUUUUCUCCUGUGGAAGCAUUUCUGUAUUUCUUCUCAGUCUAAUCUCAAUGUUUACUAAUAUAUGAAAAAUAUAAAUAAAGUGCUUGACAGCUCAAGUUAGUCAAGGGGUCUGAAGCAUAUAGUUAGGAAAAUUUCCUAUGAUUUCAAGGAAAAAGUAUGAUAAAUAGUUUUUCAAGAAUGAGGAAUUGUGUUGUUGUUUUAUUCCUUUUGCUCUUCCUCUUUGUUCAUUUUUAUAGGCUAAAAUGAUGUUUUUAUAUUUGCCUAUUUUUUUUAAGAUAUCAAUUCUUUGGUUUUUGUUUUCUUUUACACUGAUGGAGUUCGAACUCAGGGCCUCCUGCUGCUAGGCAAGUGUUGUACCACUGACUAAUAACACGAAUCCUGUUCAUUUUUCUGUGUUCAUUUUCUUUUCUUUUGCAUCUUACACUUGGAAUACCAUGUCGCCAUUUCUUCAAGGCCUCAAGAGCUAUCUCUAGUCUAUAACAAGUUCAUCUAGGCAUUCUGUGUUACUGUGCUGGUUGCUGCAUUCAUAAUACUUCCUUUCAGUUCUCUUUCUCUCCCUAUCUUGCCAUUGUCUAUUUUUCCCAUUGGAGGUGUUAGCUUAUUAAUAAUACUGUUUUUAACUUUUUGCUAUGAUAACUCGAAAUGUCUGCUUAGUCUUUCUCUAAUAUCUAUCCUUUUUAUCAUGAGAAGUCUUCAAUUUUUUUUCUUGGAACCCACAAGAUUAAAUGGAUGACACCAAUGGAAAUAAAUCUAACAUUUAGGAAACUUUUCUGUUUUUUUCAGGUGGGUUUAAGCUGAGUUUUGUGAACGUUGCAGGUAACUUGCCACAGACUAUAUCUCCUUGACGUUUUAAAAUUUUUGCCUGCUCUAGUGUCUUAGUUUCUUGUGGUAGUUUUGAUUGACGUCCGUGUCUGUAGUCCUUUCAGCUUUAUUCAUGGGUUAUGGCAUUAGAGUGCUGUUGAGUGUUAGUAUGUUUGGAAAGAGACAAAGCAUUGCACAGUACUCUAGCUUGUACUCUGGUUUUAGUGAGCUUAUGCCCAGGGCUGUCAUGUAUUGUAAAUGCUUCCCAGUAUUCCAACUAUCUUUCCAAUGUAUAUGCACCUUUCUGUAAUAUCAUCAGACCACCAGUAAUGUGCUUGGGAGAGUGUAGUGCUAUUUGCAACAGACUUCUCACCUGGUUCAUCCAAAGAAAUGGAAUCCUCAUGCUCAUGGAACAGACCCCACAUAGAAAACCAAGACAAUGAAGACAAUGAAAAAGAACAGGAAUUUCUUGCUUUCAGGCUGAGCACAGAGGCAAUCAAUGAGGAAAAAGUAGCAGAAAUCCUGCCAGACUCAUUAGGUGAAGGCCCUGAGACAUCCGGCCAUCACUACGAUUUAACUGACAUCCAUGAGCCUUUCUGCACUGCUACUGCACUAUCACAUGCACAUGAAGUCAGAUCAUCUCUGGAUGCAGCUCAAAAUGUUCAAGAUUGUAAGGAUGAAUCCCCACUGCUAAAGAUCUCCAGGAAAUAUUUUGUCAUAAUUCAGGAUCAUGCCAAGAAGAUGACUCAGUUACAUGAGCAGCUAGGCAAAGGGAGAGAUGCCUCUUUGUCCCUUGAGCACCAUCUGGAGUUUCUACUGAUCCACGAUGACCCUGAGGACUAUCAGGGUCAAGGCUACAUACAACAACUGGCUCAGGGGUGCAAGAUGGCUUCGAAUCUUGUCCUGGUGCUCAGUGAAGGGAUUUAAAUUUUCUAAUUGGAGUUCAGGCCCGAGACUUGACUAAAUUAAGGCAGAAAUUGGAGGAAGGAUGCAAUACUGCCUCCACGCUCCAUCAGAAUCUGAACAGUCUCCUCUCUGCCAAUGACCAACACAGAUGCCAUAUGAAGAGUCUCAGAUACAAACUUGUUGAGGGGUGCAAGCUGGUCAAUUGUCUGGCCCACAAACUGAGCCCAGGUAAUCUAGAUGAUGAGGAUGAGGAUGAUCAAAUUACCCUGGAUUCCAGUGUAUGUGAGGAGGAAGGAAAUUAAGUCCUGUCAGAUUCAUUAGAUGAUGAAUCUUUCCAUCCUUCCUAUUAUCCCGAUAUGCUGACCCACAGAAAUGUGCAAGCAGCACCACUUUCUCAUCACAUAAGCCUGAAGACUGCUCUGCCAUGGAUGGGCCCAAGCUGAAUUUGGAUGCCUGACUUGAAAUGAAGACUCCUCCCAAGUUGGAGAGUGAUGCUUUCCAAGGUUCGCCUGUUAUCACUGAUGAACUUCCUAUCUAUGGCCUCUGUAAUACUGACAGUGUCCUGAAACAGAAGAUUAUUGAAAGAAAACUAUGGUUAUGCAACUGGAAAAUAGCUUGCAGAUUCCCAAGCUUUCAGGCUACUUUAAAUGCUUCCCAUGGAAUGCAGAAUCCUCCCAAGGUGAUGCCUUUGAAGGCUUAGCUGCAAUCAUUCAUGAGUCUCCAAUCCAUGGUCUCUGUGAUGCUGACAGUGUCCUGAAACAGAAGAUUAUUUGGAAGUCCUGUAAUGUUUACAAUCUUUAAGUUUUAUUGGUCUUGUUCUCUAAGUUUUUGUUCACCUUUAUAAUACCUAAUGAGAUAGACAAUUCUUUUUAAGGAAACAAGAGACAUUAUGGUAACCAUUGUUGAUAACCUUGUAUUCUGUUCUUACAUCACGUACUAUGUCUAUCCUUGGUUUUAACUGACAGCUUUGUUUUGCCAUAUUUGACUUUAUUCUCUUCCAAAAAUAAAAGUAAGAAGAACUAAGGAGUAAUAAAAUCCAAAAUGUAUAAAUUUUGUUGUAAAAAAAGAGGGAAAAAUAGUGCUCUAAAGGAUACAACUGCAAGUGUGUUUAGGGGUGUUAAAUAGCUGACCAUAUUAAAAAAAAGAAAGAAAGAAAGAAAGAAAGCUACAGUUAUGCAAAUGGAAAAUGGCUUGCAGAUUCCCAGGCUUUUGUUCUUAAGUUGCACAGGAAACCACAUUUGUGGCUUCGGACACUCUUAUUAACACACUCUCUAGGAUUGAAGCUCACUCUACUAGUGUUGUUUGUCCUCAUAAUUUAUUCCAUCCGGUAUUCAACACAACUUUUGUACUGUUGCACCACUGUUUUCCAUGGCUUGGUACCCUAGCAGAACUAUUUGUUUUCAUCUGCCGUUCAGACUCUGAACUCUGUUCUGUUGGUACUGCUGCUGUCCAGUCGUCACCCCAUCACAGGAAAGACGCCUUUUAAACUCUGGGAAAUGUGUCGUGUUCCUGAAAUCAGAUACAUUCUGGCUCUUUUGCCUUGUCUUCCAACCCUCCCUACCUCUGGUAGCAUUUUGAUCUAACAGCACAACUUCAUUAACCAAUGCACGAAGACUCUCCUCUUUGGCCUGAUUAAGGGAUCCAGACUAAGUCAAUCUUUAAUUCUCAACUUAAAGAUGCAAAUGACGAGUGUUAAAAUUGAUGAGAAACACUUCUUCUCACAAAAUCUAAAUUGAAAACAUGGCUCUACAAGGGAGAAUCAUCUUGGUCUUAAGACAGUUUUGCCUCCUCACCUAUAUAUGCAGCGAUAAAAUAUUCAUAGAACACAUAAGUUAGUAUAAAGGCAUAGACUAUGAUCUGUUUAAGCAUUGUUUGUUUGUUUCUUAUUGUUCCCAUUUCUACUUCUGUUCAUUCAGGUAAGAGUGCAAAAUGCAACUCUGCUAUAUCCAAUGCCUGCCGAUAUAAGAGAGCACUUUAAUGAACUAACUUUGAGAAAAGUGAAGCCAAAAACCAGCUUUACCUCUUAAAUGGUCAGAGUACCCUUUGAGCAUCAGUGUUUGUAAAAGGUCUCAAAACAUCUUUAAAUUAGAGGGACCAUUGGUCUGCUUCAUCUCGAGUCAUCAACAUGGAAGUGCUCAAAUGCUUAGUUCCUUCACUACAAAGGCUGAAGAUCCAGCAGCCGUGGAGAGAAUUUGCAUUCCUUUCUCAACAAGACUGUAUAGCAUGGAAAAAAUUCCAAGGAAGAGCAUGCAGAUGGAUACAUUAGACUGUAGCCUCUCUACUUAAAGCACAAAUGUGUAUCUCUUUUAAAAUGAAAUAAAAUAGGAAAU